AGAGAAGAGGGGAGGGAAGAGGGGGUAAGGGAAAAAAGGGGGCUGGGUAUCUCAGUCUGUCUCCCGGCCAGAGCGCUCCGCCGUGCCAGAGUGCGUUCAGGCUGCGCGGUGUCGGACCGAAACCACCGGGGUUCCCAAAAUAAACUGGAGGGACACUGAUAGGCGCGCACACACACGUAGGAUACACACGGAGGCAGACCGGGAGAGAGAGACGGUACACCGGCGGAUGACGGAGCAGAGCCAAAGAAUAGACUCCACAGCGUAAAAGAAAAAAGGGGGCACCGCUUCCCCUCCUCUCUUUCUCGCUUUGCGCAUCAGUUGAGGAGGAAACCGGAGGACUGGUACUGAUAUGGAUUCAUUCAUGUAUUUUUCUAUUGAUUUUGCUUUAAUUAGUGACCCCCGGUAGAGAAAGAGGGAGAGAGAGCAGCAGCGAGGGGAGGAGAGGGAGGAGCGAAAGUCAGACUGGGGUGCCUGCGUAGCCUUACUUUAUUAUUUCAUUAAUUCUACCUUUUACCAAAUUAUACGUUUAAUUAUUGCGUCGCUUUGUGCGUUCUUCAGCAGACCAGCCAGCUACUAACCAAAUCUUUAGGAGAACCAAAAAAUACAACUCCAGUCUUACACACGGACAGUUCUUUCCCCCGUUUUUCCUUCCCGAGGAUUCACCGGUGGACAAUGUUUGUUUGAGACUUUUUAAAUGACAGUGCAAGAGGAGAGACCUGUCUUUUAUCAACCCAAACCAAAGCAAACCGGGCCGAGGAGGACACACGGAGCCAGAGGAGCCACUGUGGUCUUUACGCACAGCCGUCUGGACACGAUAAAUUGAGUGUAAUUGUGUCUGCGUUACAUCCACAGCGGCGGAGAGAGAAGCACCGACUGCAACUACAUUCACAUGGCCGCAGAGAUCACACACAUCCUCGGAUGGACAGUCACCCGCAGCCGGUAUUAGCCUGCAUGGAGAACCGCUGGUAGCUUUAUUCAUCCUCCAGAAGCCCAACAGUGUCCGCUGAGCGCCCCGAACAUCGCGGCGUGAUCGUGUGUGUGUUCCGGACUCCGAGAAGUGAAGGGGAUCGUAAUGUGCGUCUGUCCGCCGCAACAGCUGCACAAAAUCCCAAAGUAGAGAGAUGUGAAUCAGUGAGGCUCGAUUCACGCAAGAAAUAAAAAGCCAAAUACUUCGUCCCCCUUUCUGUUUAUUCCUCCAAACCAUCCCGUCCUUCCACACGGCUGCCCACAAACCUGGAAAGCAGACGAAGAAAGGCCAAAGAACGACGGCAGGACGACGGAUAAGAGGAGAAGAAAGUGAGACUAAAAUAAAAAACAACGACCCCCAGGUCGACAGAGGACCAUGUUUGUCCCCCUGCCGGUCCCCUUCGUCUUUCAGAGAACAGCGUCCGACUUCAGCGCUUGGAGACUCAAGUCCUCGCUGGCUCCGCGGUCCAGCCCCGAGAUCAGGAUGUCCAAAGCAUCAGGGGAGGAGAAGCCUGGAGUUGACUAUCCAGGGGACAGUUCAGACUCUGACAGAAACAGCCCUGAUGACCAGGUCCAGACAAUGAAAACCAGCCCCUUCAGCCUCUCCCCCACACAAGCUGGCAGCAAGGUGAGACAUGCUGUAAAGAGCGAGGAGAGCUCUGAGAUAACACACAGCGCUGUGCCGCCUCCUCUUCCAGCUCCUCCCUCUCAGCCACAGCAGCAGACUCAACACCACCACACACAGCUGAUGCUGGCUGGCAGUCAGCUAGCAGGGCUUGCCGCUCUCCUCCCAGCCCAACAACAGUUGCUCCUCCAGCAGGCUCAGGCUCAGCUUUUGGCGGCGGCCGUCCAGCAGUCGAACGCCGCCCAUGCCGCUCACGCUGCCCACGCCGCCGCGCAGCAACAAGCCAACCAACAGCAGCAACAGCAACAGAGCCAAGCGCAAUCCCAGCAGCAGCAGCAGCAGCAACAGUCGACCAAACAGGAGCAGGCAGUCCAAGCUCCGCCUCCACAGCUGGCCCUGUCGCAGCCGAUCCAGCUCACAGCACAGGACAUCCAGCAGCUGUUGCAGCUCCAGCAGCUGGUUUUGAUGCCGGGUCAUCCUCUCCAGUCUCCUGCCCAGUUCCUCCUGUCUCAGCCUGCCCAGGCACAGCAGCCACAGCAGGGUUUGCUCUCGACACCAAAUCUGAUCCAGCUACCUCAGCAAAGCCCAGGAGGACUACUGACGACCCCACCUCGCCUGGGACUCCAAGCACAGAGGGAGAAGAGCAGUGAUGCUGGAAGCAGCAGCACUGUAGGCUCUUUAGUUGCCGGCGGAAGCAGCGGUGUUGGUGUGACAUCUGUAGGAGCUACCUCUGCCUCCAGCAGUGCCAUGGCGUCUUCUUUAACCUCCGGUUUGACUGCUGGAGGUCACGGAGGACACAUGGGGGAGGAGCCCAGCGACCUGGAGGAGCUGGAGCAGUUCGCCCGAACCUUCAAACAACGGCGCAUAAAGCUGGGAUUCACCCAGGGCGAUGUCGGCGUGGCGAUGGGCAAACUGUACGGCAAUGACUUCAGCCAGACCACCAUCUCCCGCUUCGAAGCUCUCAACCUGAGCUUUAAGAACAUGUGCAAGCUGAAACCACUGCUGGAGAAGUGGCUGAGCGACGCAGAAACCAUGGCUAUCGACAGCAUGCUGCCCAGUCCCUCCUCCAUCUCCUCCCCCAUGUUGGGCAUCGAGGGUCUACCAGGCCGACGCAGGAAGAAACGCACCAGCAUCGAGACCAACGUGCGCGUGGUCCUAGAGCGCAACUUCAGCACGAACCAGAAGCCUACCUCGGAGGAGAUCCUGCUGAUGGCGGAGCAGCUCAACAUGGAGAAGGAGGUGAUUCGUGUUUGGUUUUGCAACCGCCGGCAGAAAGAGAAACGCAUCAACCCCUCCAGCAGCACCACCCCUCCCCUGCCCAGCCAGACCUCGCCUGUUGUGACGCACAAAGCCCCCUGCUACAGCCCGCACAUGAUAUCAAGUCAGGGUCUGUCCCAGGUCACCACCAGCCUCAGCACAACAGGCGCCAGUUCGUCGCCCUCAGCGUCCUGCCCCAUGACUCCAGUCAGCUCGGCUGCCAUUUCUUCUUCUGUGACUCCGCCUCCUCAUAGCACAGCCAGUCCAGCUCCUCCCAGCCUCGGGACGCCCGGCCUCAGCACUGGGAACACAAUGAUGGGAGUAAGCACAGGGAUGAACCAGGCCCUCAUUGGCAGCAAUCCCCUGGCUACCAUGCAAGCCCUGGCAGCCAGCAGUGGUCAGCUGCCCAUCUCCGGCCUGGAUGGGGGAGCAGGUCACUUGCUCCUGGGCGGUCCUGGGGGUCCCGCCUCCCUCCGCCAGUCUCUCUUCCUAAACCGCCCCACCCUCCUCCCCAUGGUGACCGGCUCCAUGGCGACCGCCUCCACGCCCGCUAUGGGACUGGUCAGCAGCGGAUGCGGCCCAAGACCCUCCUUUUCCCAAUCUCCACCCGCCGGCACCAGCAGCCUCAUGAGCCCGACCUCGUGCCCAGAGGAAUCCGCGUCUCCUUGUUCAAGUCCCGCCUCCUUCUGUUCCUUCAGCGAAGCCUCGCCGCCGCCCCUGGGAGGGGCCAUGGCCGAGUGAUCCCUGACUGACAGCCAAAGCAUCCCAUUAAUCGGAGGACGAGGAGGAGGAAGGGGAGUGAGCAGAGCAUUAAGGAGCUUUAAAAAUCUAAAUUUACAACCUCGCCUUUCAACCAAAGCCAUCUCUCUGUCUGAUCCAUCUCUGAUUUCGCCUCCUCUCUGAGCACCUCCCCGCUGAAGUCUUCUGAAGCCAAAAAUAUACUCAGACGGAUGAGGGGAGGAAGUGAAGAGGGAGGCAUGAUGGAGAGGAUAGAGAGAACUGCAGAAGGAAGGGGGGAAAUUUGAAACCAAAUAAUGAUCUACAGCUGGAGAGGUGGCACUGAGGAGUGUUUUUCGCUUGGAAACGAACACCGAGCUUUUUUUAAACGGCUGGAGAGAAAAGGAAAAAAAACUCAAUGAGGGCAGGGAUGAGCACUGAAACUGUGUGUGAGGAAUGGGAGGCAAAGAAAAAACUUGUUUAACAAGCCCGGAAGGUCACGUGGUCGCAGCCCUAUUUUAAAAAGAUGGAAAGAAAAUAUGCUCAAAGAGAAACACACACUUACGAAGAUGUAAAACCAAAAUCUCCAAAUACCAAAAACUGAAAACCAAAAAAAGACAAAAAAACAACAAACGGAGAGAAAAGCUUUAGUUCAAAAAGACAUUCUGAUCUGUCCAGGAUCAGUUUAGUAUUUCAUUCUACAUCACGCCAAAACAUUUUCCACGUCACUCAGACUUUCAUUUUAUUCCUAGAGCAUCUAUUUUUCUAUUAUUUUGUAUUCAUCGCUCUUUGUGGUACUACACUUUAAUGAUUUACAGCUGAUCCCACGUGCAGGAUAUCUACCUACCUCUCGCUUUGCAGCUUUACAGUGACUCAACCUGACAUUGCAACAGACAGCGUUUGUUUUAUUGACCCUGGAGCAGCAGACGGGUGGGGUUUACUACUAUAAUUACUGUAGAGUCAGGUAAAAUCAGCUCAUGCUACAAAAAUAGCUUUAAAAAGCAUCCUGUUGUGUAGCAAAGCCCACCCUUCUGCCACGCAAAUAGACUGAAAUUAAUACAAAUUUGGGGGAAUUUAGUUUGAUAGAUCCACAGUGAAUUCUUGGGGUUAUUUACAUCCUAAUUUUCUCUUUUAUUAUUGUCAUCAUCAUCAUCAUCGGUGUCAUCAUCAUUACUUUUAACCAAAGUAAACACGAGGAACAGUGUUCAUACUGCCUACAAAGAGGAUACCACAGGUAGAUGUGGAUAAACCAUCAUGGGAUUUGUUUUCAUCAUUAUUUGCCUUCUUUUGAUUUAUUAUCGCCCUCAUAUCAUCGUGUCAUCUUCCAGACUGCUCAUCUACCACCAGACAGUCACUCUUGGAUACCAAAGCAUCGCCUCUGGCAGCGUUGUCUCUGGAUUCGCCCGGGAGACGAGUGUCCAGACAAAAAAAAAACCUCAGCAGUGUCAAAGGGAAAGAAAACACACA